GGUAUGUUAAUCCUCUGCGACUGGAUAUCAUGUCAUCCUCGACGAACUCUGGCCGUGGUUUUUGCUGGGCUUUUACCGCUGUUCAGCUUCUUUCUCCUAUACCCUGUCGAAAUCGAAUCCGAUGUGCGAAGAGGCUUUGCUGAGAAAGGUGGAAGAUCUGAGAAAGAGUUUAAGAGAUUCGCGGAUUUUUACAAUAUCACUUACGAAGGUCUUGAAAUAUGGGCUGUACUAGUGACAGAAAAGAGAUCAACGGGUCGAAAGUACAUGAAUAUGUCCAUGGAACUUCUCAACGAGGUGGAAAGAUUGGACAAAUAUGUACAUAACGUUAGUGUUGUCGUCGACGAUACUGUGAUUCACUAUGAUGAUCUACAUGGUAUCGAAAUAAAUUAUGUAUUCAACUGGUAUAAAUAUGCGUAUUCAUGGUCAGAUUUUUUUGCGGAUAUAAAUUUGACAUAUCCCGUGGGAACGGCCAUGGGGCACAAAUUCUUUAUUGGCAGUCACUUUUUUGGUGUGAACAAACACAAGGAAUCUUUCCGAGGUCCAAUCGAAAAAAUGGAAUUUGUGACACUUUGGUACAUGAACCAGACGCCAAAUAUGAGAGAACGAAAGCGGUUGCAAGCUCUGCAGUUGGAACUAUUCAGAUUGAGUCGUCUAGACAAUUUUAGCGAUUUGAUUAGUUUCGAAAUGUACGGGGAUCAGGUUGCUAACGCUGAAAUGCUUCGUGGAACAGUUUACACUGUAAAUCUUUUCGUCGUUGGUGUAAUUUUAAUGGUAGCUUUUAUGGCAUUUGCUUUCAAUCAUCUCAUUCUUAGAUCUCAGAUAAUUUUGAUCUUGGCUGCUGUUGGGUCACCAGCCAUCGCAACGGCAACUUGUUUUGCAAUUCUUGGUUGGAUAGGUUUUCCUUUCAAUUCUAUCAUGUGUAUCACACCAUUUCUUGUUAUGGGAAUAGGAGUUGAUGACGCUUUUCUACUGCUUCAUGCUUGGCGGAGGUACGGUAAGCAUCCGGUUAAGGAACGUAUGCGUAUUGUUGUACAGCAAAUUGGCCCAUCUAUGGCCAUUACCUCAGCUACUAAUACCGUAGCCUUUGGUGUGGGUGUAUUUUCUCCGACCCCACAGAUGAGUGGAUUCUGCCUCUGUACUUGUUUUGCUAUUUUUCUCGACUUUGUUUUUGAAUUUUUGAUUUUUGCACCAUUUAUUGUUAUGUUCUACCAAGCAAAGGACCACAAGCCAGCCAAAGAGAAGAAAAAGAGACGAGUUACCUGGGGGAAAUUCACAAAAGUUCUGACAUCGAAUGUUGGACGAGUUUCUGUUAUUGCAAUCACAGCAAUAUUAUAUGUCUGCGCAUAUAUUGGCCUUAGCGAUAUGAAUCCAUCCUUUGACCCAUCAAAAACGUUCCCUUACGAUUCGGACCUGCUUAUCUCGUUGAGAAACUUUGAACGAGUGCAAAGUGAGUAUUCGCCAAUCAAUUUCAUCAGCGCUAUGCCGAAUGUAUCCAAACCUCAAGAGCUAUCCUCUUUUCUCGAAAUGAUAGGUCGGCUCGAACACAGCGAUGGUUGUUAUGGUCCUGAACGCACACAAGUUUUACUCAGAGAUUUUCUCGAGUGGGGAGAAGCGAACAAUGAAACCCUUACACUUGAUGACCUACCGGCUUACCUUAGCGUGAGAAAAAUCAAGGAUGUAAAUAUUGUGCAGUACAACAUGACUAACGGUACGGUAGACUCAGCCCUGAUGAACUACAUCGUCAUAUGUCGUGGAGAUCUGGAUUGGAAUCUAAGAGCUAAAAAAAUUGACCAUAUGAGGAAGAUUAUAGAUGAAUAUCCGCAGUUCCAAACUAGUCUUUUCGACUAUGACAGUACAAUUUACGAUCUCAUAAUCGCCGUUAAGGAUGAACUUAUCAAGGCCGUUUUAAUCACUUUCGCUUGCAUGACACUUGCAUGUGCCUUCAUGAUACCUAGUUUGACGGGUGCCUCCAUAGCCACGCUAUCGAUGUUGUCCAUAUCGUUUACUUUAUUGGGAAUCCUAGCUUUAUGGGGCCAGAGUCUUGAUCCAGUCACUAUGAUCAACGUCUUGAUGGCCAUUGGACUGAGUGUUGAUUUCAGUGCACAUGUUUGUUACCAUUACCAUCUUGGACAAAGAGAUGGUCUACUGUUGAAGGCAGACGAAAGAAUAACAAAAAUACUACGAGCUGUGGGAAGACCAAUGGCUGAGGCAUCACUGUCGACAUUGAUAUGCAUGUUCCCAUUGUUUUUUGUUCCCGUUUACAUCAUCGUGGCAUUUGCAAAAACCGUGUGUCUCGUGUCGCUGCUUGGUUUAUUCCAUGGCAUUGUAAUUAUCCCAGUCUGCUUGUCAUUCCUUAUUCGAACUAAGGACACGCCAAGCAAUAAUCUAGUUUUAAAUGAGCAGAAGGAGACUAUGCUCACGUGAUCUCUAUUGUUUAUAGCCUAGUGGGUUUGUUAACGCAACCAAAUGUCGACUAAAUGUUUGUAAGAAUAUCAGGGUACAAAUGAUAUCAAGUUUUUUGUUGUCCAUUACAUGUACAAAGUUGUAGGUAUUAGAAUUGGAAUAGUCAUUUUGUAUAAAUCG